AUGCUGUAUAUCGCCGGCGCUGGGUUAACCAGCAUAGACCAGGCUACGGGAAACAGCGUGAAAAGCUACAAACAGUGUGAAAUGCAAAAGGGUGUCUUUGCGUUGUCGCCAUUUGGGCUACUGGCUGGACAAGCGAACAAACCGUUGAUCCAUCAAUACACCAUGAAAGAGACGCCUCUGAAGAAGCUUAUUUUAUCGGAAAAGGUAUCUGCUAUUGCUGUUUCUCUGGAUUGGUUAGCGGUGGGCUCCCAAUCUGGUCGUCUUCACAUCUACAGUCUGCUUUCCGGCUCGCUAGUUGCAAGCCAGGACGCGCACUUCCAGGCUCUGACCCACUUGGCGUUUGCAGACGGAGGCGCAGCUUUGGUCUCUGCUGGUGCUGAUGCUCGUGUGCUUAUCUGGCGUGUCGCUGAUCUUGUUGCUACGCAACGUGACGGUGCAAUUGAAGCGGCCUAUAUUUUGACUGCUCAUUCUUUGCCAAUCACGGGCCUCGUUUUGAGCAAAACCGACAUCCUACGCGAUAUCCGCUUAUUUACAUCGUCACUGGAUGCUACGGUUUGCGUUUUUUCGCUAUUUACUGGUCAAUUGUUACACACAUUCGUCGUAGACAAGCCUUUGACCGCCUUGGCAGUGGAUCCCGCCGAGCGGGCUAUUUAUGUUGGUAGUGAGGACGGGGUAAGAACACUGCCAUUGUAUCGUCAUUCUCAAGUAACCAGAAGACUCGAAGCUGUUGGUGGUGCUGGCGCUAUUGUCAGUUUCGAAGGCGCAACACUGUUCGAAUGCUCACAGGUCACGUCGCUGGCUCUGAGCCAGGAUGCUACAAAUUUAUAUGUCGGAGAUAAUGACGGUGUUGUUUCUAGUUGGGACGUCGGAACUGAACAGCUCGUGAAAAAGUACAAACCCGUCAAGGGUCCCAUAACUGCUCUGGUAGUUGCGUCCCCUUCGAGUCAGUAUGCAGAACUCCCCAGUCUGCAACGGGUCGUAGAAACCGAGAUAGGUGAUUGCGUUCUGCCUGCAGAACCUUUCGUUCCUAGCUUCAGUUUCGAUUUAGACUGCGCAAUGGACAUCUUUUCCCACCAGGCGCAAACCGUGGUUACGGAGGAACCUUCAGAGGAGCUUGAGCAGCUCAGAGCCAAAUCAAAACAGUAUGACCAGCUGAAAAAUAUGUACGAUGAACUAUGGGCCCGCCAUAUCAGAAAAUAA